AGACAAAGAGGAGAGACGUUGGACUGCUGCUGGCUCUGGAGGUCCGUGGUUAGGGUUAGUUAGCUGGUUACACAGUUGGAUAGUCAGGUCGGUUAGCUGUAGAGUUUGUAUGUUGGACGGAUGGACUCGGCUUCUCUCUGCAGCAGAAAAAGGCCCUGUGAUGGAGCUGUCCUCCACCCGCACCGGGAGGCCCAGCAGCCAUUCAGGAAGAGGGGGGAGGGAAUGAAGAGGCGAAGGAGAGGAGACUGUAAGGAGAACAGAGACCCUCGGGAUAAUCUGCAGAGGAAGAGUAGGGACCGGAGAGGGGCUCAGACCAGAAACCAGUUCACACCUACUUCUGUUUUUCGGUGUGGUAGUGAGAUCCAGUCCUGCAGAGCCGAAAUCCGAGUGGCUCUAAUCAGGAAGACCCGGAUCCAAACUGGGGCGAGCGGAUUGGACCUGGUUCAGGGUCUGACUGAGCCACAGCGGGACCAGCAACCAGCCCAGAGCACAUGGGUCAGAACCCUGUCCGAGGUUAGACCCAGGUCCGGGUCCAUGGGAAGCAUUCCUGAGACCAGGACCAGAAGGAGGAAGAAGGUCCAGCCGUCUGCGUUCAGAGGCAGAGGUCAGCUGCGACUGUCAGUCACCAGAGAGCUGCAACAGCUGAUCAUUCACAUCCAUGAGGCCAGAGGGCUGAUGGGAAAAUCCCAGAGAUCAUGUGACUCCUAUGUGAAGCUGGCCGUGACCUCUGACCUGCACCGCAGCAUCAGGAUUAAAACUGACACGGUCUACAACAACAAGAACCCGAAAUAUGAGCGCCGCUUUAAGCUGUGGAUCAGAGAAGAGCUCAUCCCGAGCAGGUUGCUGGUUUCAGUGUUCAGACGACCUGCUGACAACAGGCGCAGUCAGCUGAUUGGCUGUAUGAGCUUCGGGAUCGGCUCUCUCGUCUCGUCCUGUGAGCCCCUCAAUGGUUGGUUCUACCUCUUGGCGGAGGAGUAUGGGUGGAGCAAACACCUGAGAGUGACAUCACACAGAAGCAAACCAACAAGAAGCUCUGAAGAGGCGGGAGUGGACAUCAGAGCAGACCUUCGGAGGACUCCGGACUCCACCCCUGAUUCUGACCUGAACCACAUCGUUGAUGCGGCUGCCUCCACCAGUGCGUCCACGGCCAGCCUGACAAAGUCCACCUUCACCAGUGCCACCAGCACUAGCGGGCCAAAAGACCUGAUCUCCAGCCUCCACUCCGAGGUCACCAGCUACAGCAGCCACGCCUCCACACUGUACACCAACACCAACCAGCAGUACGCUGGCCGAGACGGCAGCGCUAUGCAGCGAAUGGAGGUGAGCAUCGCUCGAGGAAAAGAUGGAUUCGGUUUCACCAUCUGCUCUGACUGCCCGGUCAGAGUGCAGGCGGUAGAUCCAGGCGGUCCGGCUCAUCAAUCUGGACUCCGUCAGGGAGACUCGGUCCUGCAGCUCAAUGGGCUUCCUGUAGAGACCUGGAAGUGCGUCGACCUUGCCCACGCCAUCAGGAGCUGUCAGUCUCAGAUCGUGUUGGUGGUGUGGAGAAGUUUACCUGAGGUCCAGUCAGCAUGUGAUGCUAUGCUCCGCCCACACGCACACAGCGCGACGACAGGCAGGAAGUUGCUGUCUCACCCCACCCACAGCAAACAAGACCGCAAAUGGGGUCAGGGGUCAGGGGUCCGGGCCAGUUUGGGAGCUCUAGGUUCUCUAUGGAGGGAUAGAAAGGAGGACCGGGAGGAAGAGGAAGAGGAGGAAGACCAGGAGAUGUACACGCCUCACACCACCACCCUGAAGGGCACACGUGUGACAUCAUCAAAUGGAGACAAUUACAUCAUCCUGUCACCUGUCAACCCAGAAGGGCAGCUCCUGCAACCAGUUUAUCACGACAGGACUGGGACGAUCGGACAUCUGUACCAGACUCGCCCCAGAGGUCCGAACGUCCUCCACGACUCAUGUUUGGGGUCGUUACAGAGACCUUUUACCAGGCAAAUCUCCACCCUGCCUCCACCUCUUUCCUCCACAUCUUCGGCCCCGCCCAGAAACUCUGGCAACUACCAGAACUGCACCAUCGUUCAGUCACAUGUGCCCUGCUCAGGAUAUGGAACCUACGUCACCAUGGCGCCCAAAACCGUCAUCUUCCCUAUUUUCGUCCAGCCUCUCGAUCUCUGCAGUCCAGACAGAACCCUGCUGAUGUCUGAAGAGAUGAUCCUACACCAAGCCGACCUGCUGCCUGCAAAGGUGACCGUGUUGAUCUACACUGACCUGCUGCUACUUACCAGAGAGGAUGAAGCUGGACGCUGUAACGUCCUGCAGAGUCCGGUGUUCCUGAACACAUUGAAGCUCAGAGAGGCUCUGUCGGAGCCGCUCCACCUGUACUUCCUGCAGAGCGCUCCGAGCCGCCGCCGCCUCUUCAGCCUGGAGGCAUUCAGCAUCGAGCAGAAGGUCCGAGUCAGCCUCUGUCUCCACGAUAACAUCCAGCUGCAGCUCAUCACCACGGAGACCACACACACCCAGCAGCUGUCAGACCUCCCCUCAGACUUUGGCUUCCUCUCUCUCGGGCAGUCUGACCCCCUCUAUUGUCCUUCAUCUCCUUACUCUUCGCUCUGUGACUCCCUUAGACCUCCCUCCCCAUCUUCUUACUCCCCCAGUGCUCCCUUCUCCUCCUCCACUCUUCCUCCUGCUCCCGUCUCCCUUCUCUCUCCCUACUCCUCCUCACCACCUUCCAGGAACAUCAUCUCCUCAGCUCAGCUCCUCCCUCCACCUCACCGUCCCUCCUCCACUCUGAGGAGUCCUAUCUGGAAGGAGAGAGCAGGAGCAGAAGAGGAAGAGGAGAGGAGGAAGAGGAGACGGGAGGAAGAGGAGGUGGAGGAGCGGCAACAGGGGGAGGGGGAGAGUGCCUCAGAGACUUCAGAGAACGCGGGUGGUGUCGGGGGGCGGGGCUUCCUGCUCAGCCCUCACCACUUCAACAUGAACCAGGAGAGUGACCGUGAAGAGGAGGAAGAGAAGUUUAUCUUCAGACCACCAAUCCUACGUCGCUCGCUCUCCGAGGGUUCUCUGCUGCAAGAACCUCGAUCGCCCCACUUCCUGUCUGACAGCACCAUCCACCGCCUCACCCGUCCUGUGAACUUUGACCUCAGCCCCAACUCGAGCCCCGCCUCCCGAGCCCCCUCCCCACACACUCUGAGGAAGCAGCUGACCGGAGAGGGGGGGUCUCUGCACCAAAUGCUGAUGCUGCUCAACAGGACCAAGGCUGGAGAACCCAGAAACCCACAGCUGAAGAAGAAAACUCUAGCAGCUGAUGUUCGGAGCCGCCUGGCGUUUCUACGAAUGUGGAAAAAUGGCGCCGGUGUCCAUGGAAGCAGUUUGGAGAAAGCGCUGAAAAAUAACAGACCGUCUGCAAAGGAGGUGCUGAGGUGGGCGGAGAGUCUGGAGUCCCUGCUGUCCAAUCAGUAUGGUCUGACGGUGUUCCGUCACUUCCUGAGGUCAGAGUUCAGCGAAGAGAACCUGGACUUCUGGUUGGCUGUGGAGAGGUUUAAAAAGACACGCCCCUCCAAUAAGAUGGCUGCCAGAGCUGCAAAAAUCUACGACCACUUUAUUUCUACGACUGCAGCAAGACAGGUCAAUGUGGACUCGGCCAUCAGAGAGGCAACCAAUCAGAGCCUGCGCCUUGGCGUUAGCUCCGCCUCCUUCCAGCUGGCGCAGGAGCAGAUUUUCAACCUGAUGGAGACGGACAGUUACCCACGAUUCCUCAAGUCCCGCCUCUACACCCAGCUGGCCAGUCACAACACAGAGCAGCGGAUCAGACCAACCAGAGACGAGGGGCUGAUCUGAGUUUCUGACUGGCUGAACAAAUCUAUCAGUAGCAUUCUGGGAGAUGUAGUAUUGAGUGUUUUGGGACAUUUACCCUUUUCAUGAACACGUUAAACAACGUGAUUCUUACGCUAAUCUUCUUUUCUCGCUGAUCUCUGUUUAUUUAGAAACAUUUAACCCGUCCGUGUGAGUAAAACAUGGCCUCUGACCUUGAACCUGAAAUGAGAUGCCAUCUUUAGACUGUUAGGCGUUCUCAUGACCCAGGUGACGCCUUGCUCACAGGUUAAAAGGCUGUGAAGAAACACCGGCAGGACUUUCCCAUCAGCCUCGGCUGCAUGUCGUUGAUUCCAGAGCAGACUCUGAUUCAUGUUUUUAGCUAACGGCUAACUGAUGUAUCUCUGAUUAAAGCUGACUGAUGUCACA